AUGUCAGCGUUGGACGAGGCAGAGGAGCGCAGUGCACCGAAAUGGAGGAAAAUCGAAGGAAAAUCACAACGCGCCGCUGUCUUGCCUUUGCGUCUCGUUUCGUGGCUGAUCCGCCGCUGUUGCACCUCUCUCUGGCUGAAGCUCUGCUCGGAUGCUCUCCGAGACCGACAGCACGCACAGAUUCCAAUGCACACUCACUCGCUCAGCCGCUUUCCUGCUCAGAUCAAGGGUAGCGACGACAGAAAGAAAAGCACUCAGCGUUUUCGGGAUUCGUUCGGCGACCUUUCCUCGUGCGUUGACCUUUGCGACGCGUUCUUUCGUCUGGUCGUCAACCCCCUUCUACACGCUGAUCGGUCAAUCGCACCAGUCAACGGCAUCCCGUCGUCACUCGGAAGCAGCAAUCGCCACGGUGUCCAUCCGAUCCUUCAUUCGAGCUGGGAUCUCAUCUACAUCGACGUUCUCGAGCUGCGUGCUGACAUGACCGCACCUUGA